UGUUAAGAAGGAAGUCAAAACUAAUUCGAGAAAGCUACAAUUUCUGGUUGUAUUUUUGCAUUAAGAAAUGAGCUGCACACUGGAGAAGGUGCUGACAGACGCCAGGUCUCUGGUGGAACGCCUGCGGGAUCAUGAUAAUGCAGCAGAAAUCCUAAUCGAGCAGACAACAGUUCUGAACAAACGGGUAGAGGCUAUGAAACAGUAUCAGGAGGAGAUUGAAGCGCUUAACCAGGUGGCAAGACAUCGACCACGAUCUACACUGGUUAUGGGCAUUCAGCAAGAGAAUCGGCAAAUAAGGGAACUUCAGCAGGAAAACAAAGAGUUGCGGUCAUCAUUGGAGGAGCACCAGUCAGCUCUGGAGCUAAUUAUGAGUAAAUACAGAGAGCAGGUGUUCCGCCUCCUCAUGGCCAGCAAGAAAGACGACCCCACAAUCGUCACACAGCUUAAGGAGCAGCACACUAGUGAGAUGCAAGCGCACAUAGACAAGAUUAAUGAGAUGGCCACGGUGAUGAAAAAGGCAAUUGAGGUUGAUGAAGGCCGAGUGUGCGAGGACGAGGAGAGAAUCAAACAGCUGGAGCUGGAAAACAGAGGCCUGAGGGAGUUGUUGGGGAUCAGUCGAGAGGCGUUUCUGGUGCUGAAGAGAGAAGAAAGAGACGAGGCAUCCGACAGCACCUCUCUGUCUCCACUGGUUACCAGCAGUGACCUGAGCCUAAGGAAGAGCUAGAGUGCUUUUUCUCUGAACAACGGACUCUGUGUAACACUGAUUUCCAGUACAUGUAUGAGCACACACCUGAAUCACUAUCAGUGGCUUUCAAUACCUCAAGUCUGCUUUCAUUGUUAUGAAUUUAUUUGAACCUUUAGGUUCCUAGAUUACAGUAGUUCUCUGCAGCUCAGUAACAGCCACACUGAUGCCAGGUACUGCAUUUGAAACUACUAUGAAAUGUGAUUCUGUGUGUCAUGUAUUGUUGCUGUUGAGGAGCAAUAAAGUGAAUGUACAGUUGCAGGAAAAAUGACCUGGAUUUUUGCAUUAUACUUCUACAUAUAAAUGUGGUCUAAUCUUCUAAAAAGCUAUCUAAAUGGACAUUGUUUGAACUAAUAACACACAGUCAUCUUUUUAAGUGAAAUUAUGAUCACUUAUUUACAAUCCAUAUGAAGGCGGUUCCAUUUAACAACCGGUACAACCACCUAUACCAGCAGUGUUGUCUACAACUGGUAAUCAAACUGGUAAUGAAAUCUAAAACCAUUCUGGUUGUUACUUUCAUUAACGGCUCUUACGUCAUAUCUCACCAUUUAAAACCAUAAAACCAUCCUUUAGUUAAUGAAUUCAUUUUUGAGUCGUCUUGGCAGCAUCCAGCUUCGACUAAGCUUCAGGUUAUAUCUGGAAACCCUUGGCACGAGGUAGUAACCUACUUGGACAUUAUACAAUAACCAAUUCAUUCCCUUCAGGGGCAAAUUAACAGUAUUAACGGUCAUGUUUUUACAGCAUCAUUCACACUAACAUAAGCAAACCAUGCACACAGGAACAAGAUGUGAAGAUUAUUCCAGAUCCCCAAAACCUUGGAGCUGUGUGCCACCCACUUUGGCAGCUUUGUCAUUGCACUGCCCUAGUUGGCCAUUCUCUUGCCAAUUUUCCAGAUGCAGUUUUGAGCAAAGCUCCCUUAAAUUGUUCUCCCUCCACCAUACUUUACGGUUAAGGUUUAAGGGAUGAUGACUGACAGUUUGUCAAUCAUUAUGACUUGGAUGAAGAUCAGACCACAUUGUAUGAGUAAUUUUGCCAAAAUCCAGGUGAUUCCAAAGACUUCACAAACCCUGUCUUACAACAGUACAUGUAACAGUUUCUCUUUCUUGUACAGUGUUAAAGGGGCAUUUAGUGUAACUAUUUUCAGAGUGACAGGUCUUGUGUGACCUCUGUAAAUAUAUUGCAGUGAAAAACAUGAUUCAUUUUGAGCUUCA